AUGGUGGAUGUGUCCGAUCGGGAUUUCCGUAUGUUCAUGCGGCUCCUAAGCAGCAAAUGCGAGGUGUGGACAGAGAUGCUGGUAGACCAGGCCUUGGUCCAUAACGAGGAUAUCCCCCGACAGCUUGAGAAGGUCAUAGGCUUCACUGAGGCGGAGCAUCCUAUAGUGUGCCAACUUGGGGGCCAUGACCCCAGCAAGUUGGCAGCAGCUGCCCGGAUUGCACAUCGUCGGGGCUAUGAUGAAGUCAACCUCAACGUCGGCUGUCCGAGCUCUCGAGUAGCCGGUCAUGGCCUCAUGGGAGUCGCGUUAAUGAAGACGCCCGAGUUGGUCCGGGACUGUCUGCGUACGCUGGAUGAUGAAGUGAGCCGGGAGUGGUA